GUGUGUGUGUGUGUGUGUGUCUGAUUCUCCGCUGCUUGCACUCUGUCUCUCAAAAAUAAAUAAAUAUUAAAAAAAAUUUUUUUUUAAAUACACUUGACUAGAAGCACUAAAUUCUACGACAUUGAGACAAUGGAGCUGCGGGGAGAGGAAGUAGAGGCAGAGACCCGCCCCAGAGUGGGAGGGGCGAAGGAGAGGUCCGGGGGACAGCUCCCGCCCCACCCCGCGGCGAGCUGGCCCCGCCCCUCGUACGAGCCCCUUUUUAAAACGCGCGGGCACGCCUUGCGCAGGCGCGGUGCCACUUAAACCUUAGUCGGGCCUGCGCCUUGGUGGUAGGAUGGCGGAAUUGGUCUCUUUUACGGUUCCCACAGAGAGUGACAAAACCUUGCUGGUGUGGGAGCUGAGUUCUGGACCCACGGCCGAGGCCUUGCAUCAUUCUCUGUUCGCAGUAUUCUCCCAGUUUGGCCUUCUGUAUUCGGUCCGAGUCUUCCCAAACGCUGCAGUGGCCCGUCCUGGUUUCUACGCCAUCAUCAAGUUUUACUCAGCAAGGGAUGCUCACAGAGCCCAAAAGGCAUGCGACCAGAAGCAGCUUUUUCAGAAUUCUCCCGUGAAGGUUCGUCUUGGCACCAAACAUAAGGCGGUUCAACAUCAGGCCCUUGCCCUAAACAGCUCCCAGUGCCAAGAACUGGCAAAUUAUUACUUUGGUUUCAAUGGAUGGUCAAAAAGGAUCAUCAAGCUUCAGGAUCUUUCUGACCUUGAAGAAAGGGCAAAUGAAGAUACUGUGCCACCACUUCAGAAGCAGAGCCUGAAAUUCUUCUGUGCUUUAGAGGUGGUGUUGCCAUCCUAUGAGUGCUGGAGUCCCGGCGCUGGCAUGGCCGAGGAGCCUUUGGAUAACCUGGAGGAAGGGCCAUUAUCAUUUCUUACGAAAAGGCGGACAAUCCAGAAGCUUGCUAUUCAGAAGGCUGUGUCAGAUGCAUUCCAGAAACUGUUGAUUGUGAUUUUAGAAAGUGGUAAAAUAGCUGUGGAAUACAGACCCUGUGAAGAGAUCACAGAUGCCAGUACUGAAGACGAGCUACAGGAUUUAAUUCAAGUACUUACACCCCCAGCUGAGCCGGUGGGCUUUAAUUACCUGGGGUCCUCUGCUCCAGCCCAGAUGUUGGCCCCGCCUAAGGAGUUGACUGAGACUUUGGUUCCAUUCCUGGACACGGAUUCCGUUGGAGAACUACCCCCAGGGCCAGAUGAGGAUCUGAAUGACCAGCUAAGCCAGCAUCAAAGGCUCCCAGAGGUGGUUCCAAUGCCAGGUUGGGAUCAGAAUCAGACCAUAGCUCCGCCUCCUCAACUCAAAAGUAAGGCUAAAACUGUAGGUUUAGAUCAGGCCGAAGAUCACCAAUCGUUUGAAAUACUUGUUCCAUUUCUGGAUAGUCAGAGUUCAAAGCCAACAAAGUUUAUUGUUUCACCCCUAAACCUGAAGAAAGAUCUAGCUCAGCAUCGAAGGCUUGCCAAAGUUGUUGGAACUCCAAACCAAUCUGCAAAUAAAGAGCACCUACAACAACAGCUGCAGGAUGAUUAUUUAGAUUCCAAUAUGGGUCUCCUAUAUCCUGAGGAGAACCUACCUAUGGGUUUCCCAGGGGGACCAGAUCAACUUCCAAACUUCUCUGAGGAGGCUGAAAUUCCUCCACCCUUGCAGAAGACCCCAAAUCAUCUAGAGUCCCAUGAGGAAGCUGAAUCUUUUUUGCCCCAAGGGGAGGCUCAGGCUCAGCAUCCAGAGCCCCCUGAAGAGACAGAAACAUCUCUACUUGAGCAGGAGGCUCCAUCUCCGCGUCCAGAGUCCCUUAAGGAUGGAAAUUCAACAAACCCACAAGAGGCCCCAGCUGAGCCUUCAAGUACCCCUGAACAGGUCGAACCUUCUUCAGUCCAGCAGGAAGCCUCAGCUCAACCUACAGAGGCCCCCGAGGAAGUGGAACCUUCUCCAACCCCCCAGGAGGCCCCUGCUCAGCCUCCAGAGCCAUCUAAGGACAUCAUAUCUCAACUGUUAGCACAUCAUGAAGUAAAUGUGCUAUCUCCAAGUCAGAGUGAAGCUCAGAAGCCAAGCUUCCCCAAUGUCACUGUUAAACCUCUGGAUCUUACCAUAACUCUAACUCAGCCUGCGGAGCACCCUAAGGAGGCUGGACCUACCCCAGUCCGGCAGGAGGCCCCUGCUCAGCCUGCAGAGCGCCUCGAGGAGGUUGAACCUACCCCAGUCCAGCAGGAGGCCCCAACUCUAGUUCCAGAGUUCCCUAUCGAGUAUUUAACUCAACUUGCAAUAAGUGAUGAGGUGACAUCUCUACCUCUAGGUCAGUAUCCAGAUUAUUUAAUGUUUCCCAGGGUUACAGGUAAGCCUUUAGAUGUGGAACUUACCACAACUCCGGGGCCUGAUAAAGGUGUUGAAUCUUCUAUAGCCCAGCAAGAGGCCCCACCUCAGCCUCUUGAACAUACUGAGGAAGCAGAACUUUCUCUAACCCAGCAAGGGACCUCGGGUAAGCCUCCAGAGGAGGUUGAGCCUGCAAGUGAGCAGGAGACCCCAGGGCAGCCUUCCGAGCCUCCUGGGGUGAUUGAUCCUUCUCUAAGGCAGCAGGAGACCCCAGCUCAGCCUUCAGUGCCUCCUGAGGAAGCUAAGCCUUCUCUAAGCAAACAGGAACCCCCAGCUCAGCUUCCAGAGGCCCAGGAAGAGGGUGAACCUUCCCCUCUCCAGGAGGAGGGCCAGGGUCAGCACCCACAGGCCUCUGAGGGGAGUGAACCACCUACAACCCAGGAGGAGUCCCCAGCUCAGCAUCCACAGACCCCUGAGGAGGUUGAACCUUCUUCAACCCAGCAGGAGGCUCCAGCUCAGUAUCCUCAGGCAUCAGAGGAGGGUGAGCCUUUUCCAACCCAACCAGAGACCCCAACUCAGUAUCCAGAGCCCCUUGAGGGGACUGAACCUUCUCCAGCCCAGUCAGAGGCCACAACUCAGCAUCCAAAUCCCCUUGGGGAAGUUAAACCUGCAACCUAUCAGGAGGCCCCAAGUCAGCAUCCACAGACCUCUGAGGAAAUUAACCGUUCUGCCACUCAACAGGAAGCCACAGCUCAACAUCCAGAGCCUUCUGGUGAACCUUCUCCAACCCAACAGGAGGCCCCAGCUCACUCUCCAGAACAUCGGGUGGUAACAGUUUUUCCUCAAGGUCAGAAUCAAGCUCAGCUCCUGCUGUUGCCUAAUGUCACUGUUAAACCUGUGGAUCCUUCAGUUACCAUGACCUCAGAAUCCACUAAUGAGGUUGAAGCUUCUCCACUCCGAGAAGAGGCCUCAGCUCAGUCUGGAGUGUCCCCUGAGCAGUUGGAACCUUCUCCAAUCCAGCAGGAGGUCCCACAUCAGCAUCCAGCUGCCCCUGAAAAUGCUGAGCCUUCUCCAAUCCAGCAGGGAGUCUCCACUAUGCCUGAAGAUCUUCCUGAGGAAAUUGAACUUUCUCCAAGCCAGCAGGAGAGCUCCGCUCUGCCUCAAGUGCCUGUUGCAAGGAUAGAACCUUCUCCAAUCCAGCAAGAGGUCCCAGCUCAGCAACCAAAGCCCAAUGAGGGGGUCGAGUCUUUUCCAGUUCAGUAUGAGCAUCCAGCUCAGCCUCCAGGGUCCUCUACAGAUGUUGUAGCUCAGUCUCCAGUACAGCAUGAGGUGACAUUCUCACCUCCAGGUCCAGGUGAAGCUCAGCAUCCAGUGUCACCUAAUAUCACAGUUAAACUUGUGGAUCUGAGGGUUCUCAUAAGUCCCCAGGCAACUAAGGAGGUUAAACCUCUUCCAGUGCAGCAGGAUGUCCCUGCUCAAUCUCCCCCUGCGCAAGUUGAAUUUUUUCCAGCUCAGUCCAAGCGUCUUCCCCAGUCUCCAGAGUCCCCUGAAGAUGAGUCUUCUCCAGGCCAACAAGAGGUCCUAGCUCAGCCUUCAGAGCCUCCUGAGAAGGUGGCACCAUCUCCAGUCCAGCAGGAAACCCUAUCUCUACCUCUCGAGCCACUUAAGGAGAUAGAACCUUCUCUAACACAACAGGAGGUACAAGCUCAGCCUUCAGAGGCCCCUGAGAAGGUAGAACCAUCUCCAAUUCUGCAGCAGGCUCCCGAGCCCUCUAAGGAGGCAGAAACUCCUCCAGCCCAGCAGGAGGCCCCAGUUCAGCCUCCAGAGCCACCUGAGGAGGUUGUAGCACAACCUCCAGUCCAUAAUGAGGUGACGGUUCCACCUCUAGGACAAGAGCAAGCUCAGCAUCCAAACUUGCCCAAUGUUACUGUUCAGCCUGCUGACCUGGAGCUUACUGUAACUCCAGAACCUACUGUGGAGGCUGAGCAUUCUACAAUCAUGCAGCAGACUAUAGCUCCUCCAGAGGACACUGAGGUGACACCUGCCCAUCCAGAGCAGGUCCAGGCUCAGCAUCCAAAUUUGACUGAAGUCAGAGUUCAGCCUUUAGACCUGGAACUGACCAUAACUCCAGAACCCACUACAGAGGUUGAAACUUCAACCAUGCAAGAGAUCCCAGGUCACCCUUCAGAGCCACCUAAGGAGGUUGUAGUUCAGCCUCCACUGUUUUGGGAGGUGACAGUUCCAACUCCAGGUCUGGAUCAAGCUCAUCAUCCAUUGUCACCUAAUGUAACAGUUCAGCCUUGGGACCUAGAGCUUACCAUAACUCCAGAACCCACUAUGGAGGUUAAAGCUUCUACAGCCCUGAAGAAAACUACAGCUCCUCCAAAGGACCUUGAGGUAACAUUUGCACAUCUAGAGCAGGUUCAGGUUCAGCAUUCAACCUUGAAUAAGGCCAAAACUCCACAGACCCCAGAUCAGCCUCCAGAGCCGCCUAAGGAACUUGUAGCUCAACCUCCAGUAUAUCAAGAGGCAGCAGUUCCAACACCAGAUCAGGAUCAAGCUCAGUGUCUGUGGUUGCCGAAUGUAACAGUUCAGCCUUUGGACUUGGUGCUUACUGUAACUACAGAACCCACUACGGAUGUUAAACAUCCCUCAGCCCUGCAGCAGACUACCGCUCCUCCAGAGGACCUUGAGGUGACAUUUCCACAUUCAGAGCACAUUCAGCAUCCAACCUUAACUAAAGUCACAGUUAAACCUUUGGACCCAGGGCUUACCAUAACUCCAGAAUCCACUACAGAGACUGAACCUUCUCUAACCAUGCAAGAGACCCCAACCCAGCCUCCAGAGCCACCUAAGGAGGUGGUUCAGUAUCCAUCCCAACAGGAAGUGACAGUUCCUACCCCAAGUAAGGAUCAAGGUCAGCAGCUAACAUUGCCCAGUGUCACAGCUCAUCAUGUGGACUUGGGGCUAACCAUAACUCCAGAACCUACUACAGAGGCUGAACUUUCUACACCCAUGAAGGAGACUAUAGCUCCUCCUCCAAAGGACCUUGAGGUGACACUUGCACAUCCAGAGCAGGUUCAGAGUCAACAUCCAAACCUGACUGAAGUCACAGUUCCACCUAUGGACCUGGAACUUACUGUAACUGCAGGAUCCAGUGUGGAGACUGAACCUUCUCCAACCACGCGAGACACCCCAACUCAGCCUCCAGAGCCACCUAAGGAGGUUGUAGUUCAAUAUCCAUUCCAGCAGGAAGUGACAGUUCCAACUCCAAGUAAGGAUCAAGGUCAGCGUCCAGCAUCACCCAUCAUCCCAUUUCGUCAUGUGGAGCUUACUAUAACUCCAGAACCUAUUACGGAGGCUGAACAUUCGACAACCCUGAAGAAGACUACAACUCCUCCCCCAAAGGACCUUGAGGUGACACUUGCACAUCCAGAACAGGUUCAGAGUCAACAUCGAAACCUGACUGAAGUCACGCUUCUACCUAUGGACCUAGAAAUUCCUGUAAGUCAGCAACCAGAGACAGGUUUUCCUCCAACAACUCAACAUUCUGUGGUGCAUUUUGUAAACUAUACCUCAGAAAAGGCAUACACAACUUUAACUUGGCAACCAGAACAGAAUGCCACCACAAACCUCAAAAUAUGUGAGCGUUGUACCUGCAAAGAUGAGACACUGUCGUGUGUUGGUCUCAGCCUACAGCAGAGGCUCCGCAGAGUGCCCGUGCCGGAGCCCGACACCUACAACGGCACCUUCACCAUCUUAAAUUUCCAAGGAAACUCUAUUUCUUACAUUGAUGAAAAUGUAUGGAAGGGAUACCGUUGGGCUGAGAAACUAAUUCUCAGUGAAAAUUAUCUGACCGAAUUACAUAAAGACACAUUUGAAGGCCUGCUAUCCCUCCAGUAUUUAGAUUUAUCCUGCAAUAAAAUACAAUCUAUUGAAAGACGUACAUUUGAAUCACUACCUUUUUUGCAGUUUAUAAAUCUUGGUUGCAAUUUACUCACCGAGCUGAGCUUUGGAACAUUUCAGGCCUGGCAUGGAAUGCAGUUUUUACACAAGCUAAUUAUCAGUCGGAACCCUCUGUCAGCUGUUGAAGAUUCCUAUCUUUUUAAGUUGCCAGCGUUAAAAUAUUUAGACAUGGGAUCAACACAGGUGUCACUUACAACAGUUGAGAGCAUCCUCAUGAUGACCCUUGAAUUGGAAACACUGAUAUUACCCAGCCGUAUGGCCUGCUGUCUCUGCCAGUUUAAAAAUACUAUUGAGGUUGUCUGUAAGACAGUCAAGCUACAUUGUGACAGUACAUGUCUGACAAAUGGCACACGUUGUGAUCAGGAAGUAUACCUAAGGAAUGCAGAAGGAUCAUUCAUGAAGGUAUUGAAAGCUCGAAAGAAGAGCGCCAGCACGGAGCUGACUAUUGAGCCAGAGAAGGCAUCCUCAGACAUAGAUCGUGUCAGUUUGUCAGCCUUUAUGAAUGAGCAGCUAGACUUCAAUGACGAAAGUGAUGUCAUUAGUGCACUGAGUUACAUAUUGCCUUAUUUCUCGGAGGGCAAUCUAGAAGACGUAGAAUCGACGCUGUUACCGUUCAUUAAACUUCUGUUUUCAAAUGUGCAAGAGGGAGACAAGCCCGUGGGUCACUCGAUGAAUGACACAGGGGACCCGUCUCUUAAACCUGGAUCCAACAAUUCAACUUACAAGAAUAAACUGAGAAAACUCUACUUUCUGGAAAAUUUGUUAGAUGCAGAAAUUCAGGAAAAAAUUGAUGAGGUGAAAAACAAAGAAAAAACGGCCAUGCUUAUACAUUCCAGCCUUUUAGGUCCCAAGUUUAAACGUCAAAUCUUUCCAAAGAAAUUGGAAACUGCCCAACCGCAGGAGAAGAGCCUAGAUGAAGUUGAGAGUGUGGGGAAAAAGUUCCUGAGAGUGAACAAGGUCAUCAAGGGCCCAAAGGGCAUAUGGAAAAGGCACUUAAAAGAACUGAGACGUCAGAACAUCCAGAGGAAACAGAACGCCCAGCCGUCUGUGGAGAACAUGGCCAAGGAAAGAAGGCUCAGGAGACCAUCCCCAGGGGAGCUUCACGUGGCGCACAGGCCCAGCAAAUUAGUGGGAAGCUCCUUCAACACAGAGCCUUCGUUCGUAGAGGAGCCCAAGGCAGCGGUCUCUUCUUUCCUGAAGCAAUACUCUUUGGGCAGGCCUUCUGCCACCCCCGCUCCAAAAUCCCCACCUGACGUGAAAAAAAAAUCAAAAGACUUAAUGUACAGCAUUUUUCUUAUACAAGAUGCAAAUGCUAGAGUUAGAAAUAUGAAGGCUUCCGGACCAGCCUCACACCCCAGAAAAACACACCGCUUUCAUAAAAGUCGCUCCCGUGUGGUCCACAGAACACCCAAGGCCAAACUGAAUCGAAAGUCCAGAAAGGAAAGUUCACUCAGUAAUAGACAGCUGCUUGCAAAGAGGCCUCCAUCCUCUGCAGUCAGGAGCCUCAUAAAUUCCCCUUCACGAGAGGAUUUUUCAUCUCCGGGAGAACUGAGUCCUCAGAAAAAUCCUUUUCCAGAAUUAUUUGCUCCUUCAGGAACUUACAGAGAAAACACUACUGUAGAGAACACUACUGCCCAAAAUGUUUCUGACGAAAAUAUUUCUACAGGAAACACUACUGUGCCAGAACAAACCCUCCCUGAAUUCACAAACCGUAAGAAUCUUUCCACUGCUAAUUCUACUGUUACUGCAGACAACUCUAUGCCGACCGUUAAACAAACCAAUGAUACACAAUGGGAAUACCACAAUGCGGGCACUGGCUUGCCCCCAAAAGCCACAGGCUUCCCUGUGUCAAAGCUCUCGUCCUCAGGUGAUCUGUUUGAAAUUCAGUUAAACCAGCAGCUACAGUCCCUCAUCCCCAACAAUGACGUGAGAAGCCUCAUUUCUCAUGUUAUCCGGACUUUGAAAAUGGACUGCUCUGAGACCCACAUGCAGCUGGCCUGUGCCAAGCUCAUCUCCAGAACAGGCCUCCUGAUGAAGCUUCUCAGCGAGCAGCAAGAAGUAAAGAUGUCCAAGGCAGAGUGGGAUACGGACCAAUGGAAAAAUGAGAAUUAUAUCAAUGAGAGCACAGAAGUCCAGAGUGAACAGAGAGGGCAGGAGUCCAGGGAGCUCACAAAAGAAGUUCCAGGCUAUGGCUAUAACAACAAACUCAUCUUGGCAAUAUCUGUGACUGUAGUAGUGAUGGUUUUGAUCACAGUUUUCUGUCUCAUUGAGAUUCAUUCUCAUAGAGCAGCAGCCAAGGAAGGUAAAGAAGGAAGCUCAAGGGGCUUCUUUGGAUCUCUGCUGCGUAAGAGAUGCUCAAAGGAAAGUGACAGUCAGGAGGGCUUUUUCUGGAGAAGGCGGCCACUUUGGCUUAGGGACAUGUACAGACCUCUCAAUGCCACACGCAAGAAAAACAUGGCACAGAAGCUGCAUGACAAGGAUUCUUCUGAUGAAGAUGAGAUUUUCCACAUGGAACUAGGGGAGCCUGGCAAAGCCAGAGCAGAGAAGGCUCAGGCCACAGAUUCCACUACUGAAGAGCUGGGUGACGAGAGUGAGACACUAUGUGAGGUUGUCACAGAGUGAACGCCGUCCUGCCUCAGGCCACCUACAAAGUUUACUUUCCGAUACUGGCUUCUCAGCAUUGCUUAUAAAAGACUUGUUUUUCUCAUAUUGAAACGUAUAGAUCCAUAACCAAUUCUAGCCACGUGGUAAGGAACUAAAACGUAAACAGUUAAAUAUUUAUCUACAGACAACAGGGGCCACAGGCCAGAGAAGCAGGACUGAAGCCAGAGUCCCUCGUGGUAGCCAGUAUUUCCACAAGACACAGUACGGGCCAAGUAGGGUGAAUGGGGCAUCUUUCCCUCGCUUCCCCGAUACAGUCAGUCUCUGGAAACUGGAAAACGUAUCUUCAAGGGGCUUAGACUAUUAAGUGAAUUAACAGCUUAUUCUGGUGCUCUCUCCCCUGGCUCACCAAAUACCAGUUAUUCACAACGCGCUUGACCCCCUGCCCGUAGAGGAUCAUCUCUUUCUGGCCCCUCCGUAAGGUCUUUGGGGUUGCCAGAAAAUUUGGAUCGCUGAGCCUACCUCCACUGUCGGGCUGAGGCCUGUCUUUCUUCCCAAGAGCUCAAACUCAGACACAAAAUGUGUUGUUGGAAGUAGGGUGUUCCUCAACCUUACAAGCUAGUAGAUAGUUCCCAUUGGGUUUUUUUGUUUGUUUUCUUUACAAAAAAAAAAAAAGUCCCCACCCUCAGAGAGCUGGCAGGGAGAUGCUGGAGGCUUAGAGUAAAGAAUGUGUGAGAGCAGUAAUUACCCAGGACUGCCCUGCUCAGGCCUUUAUUUCAGAAAACUUAUUGGUGGGGGCACUUACUGGUCACCUGUACCACACUAGCCUCUGCCGACCCCACUGAGGGUCGGAUGCGUGCGGCUGGGCUCUCUCCAGUUCAGCCCAGCACCACACCUACCACUGCUUUCCUACCCAGCUCGGAUCAGGGCCGCACGAUUGCAAGAGAUAAUGCAGCACAACGUGCAGAAGACGCAAACAUCCCUCCACUUCUGCAGAGGAGGGCGUUAACCAGUCACAUUUGGGAUGUUGGGAGGAGUCGGGGUGCCUGGGUGGCUCAGUCCGUUGAGCAUCCGACUUUGGCUCAGGUCAUGACCUCAUGGUGUGGGAGUUUGAGCCCUGCAUUGGGCUCUCUGCUGUCAGCACAGAGCCCACUUCAGAUCCUCUGUCUCCCUUUCUCUCUGUGCCUCCCCCCAGCUCACACACUGUCUCUCAAAAAUAGAUAAACAUUAAAAAUAAUGAAGUCAUCUAUACUUUCUGAGUAAAUGAAUGACAGAUUUUAGAAAAAGGACGUCAGAGUCAAAAUACAGUAGUGAAUAAAAGAAAUCCUGAAUGAA